CCAAUCAAACAAGACUCUCUCUUACUCUGUUCAAUACCAACGGCCAACAACCAAAGAGAGGAAAAAAUAAAAAAAAAGCGGCAAGGCAACCUUUAAGAUGAUGCUUGUGAGCAGGGUCGCUGCUCUCUCCUUCGUCUCCCUCCCAAAUCGCACUCUCUUCUCCUCUCCCUCCUCUCUAUUCCCACCUGUGAGGCUCCGCAAUUCGAGAAUGGCUUCGUUCUCCCCGGUCCGCGCAUCGGCGCAGAAGCUCCAGAAACCUGACGAGCUCAUCGACUCCGUCGAGACCUUCAUCUUUGAUUGCGAUGGCGUCAUAUGGAAAGGGGAUAGCUUGAUUGAUGGCGUGCCACAAACCCUUGAUAUGCUUCGCUCCAAAGGGAAAAGAUUGGUUUUUGUGACAAAUAAUUCUACCAAGUCUAGGAAGCAGUAUGGGAAGAAAUUUGAGACCUUGGGUUUGAAUGUCAAUGAGGAAGAGAUUUUUGCAUCAUCUUUUGCAGCAGCAGCCUAUCUGAAGUCAAUUGACUUCCCUAAAGAUAAGAAGGUAUAUGUGAUUGGUGAGGAUGGAAUCUUAAAGGAACUAGAGCUUGCUGGUUUUCAGUACCUAGGUGGUCCGGCAGAUGGUGACAAAAAGAUAGAGUUGAAACCUGGUUUCUAUAUGGAGCAUGACGAGAAUGUUGGAGCUGUUGUGGUUGGUUUUGAUCGUUAUUUCAACUACUACAAAGUUCAGUAUGGAACACUUUGCAUACGUGAAAAUCCCGGUUGUCUUUUUAUUGCAACAAAUCGUGAUGCUGUAACUCACCUCACAGAUGCUCAAGAAUGGGCAGGUGGUGGUUCCAUGGUCGGUGCAAUCCGUGGAUCAACUCAAAAAGAGCCUCUUGUCGUAGGAAAGCCGUCAACUUUUAUGAUGGACUACCUAUCAAACAAGUUUGGGAUUCUCAAGUCACAAAUAUGCAUGGUCGGAGAUCGAUUGGAUACCGAUAUCCUGUUUGGACAAAAUGGUGGCUGUAAAACUCUCCUUGUUCUAUCAGGUGUUACCAACCUUCAAAUGCUUCAAAGCCCUGACAACAACAUACAACCAGAUUUCUACACCAACAAAGUUUCAGACUUCCUCACUCUUAAAGCUGCAGCAGUCUGAUUCAAAGUUCUUGUUAUUUAUAAGCUGCCAAAUUUGCAGCCAUUUUUUUUUAACAAAAUGAAUGGAAUAAUAUAUUGUGAAAGUAAUUUGUCAAAUAGCCAAUAUAACAGCUUUUAGGAUGUGCAUGCAAAUGUUAUAACCAUGAUUUUGAGUUCAA